AUGAGUGAUUUGGAUAAUUUACCACCAGUGGAUCCAACCACUGGAGAAAUCAUCAUUAAUCCUUUGAAAGAAGAUGGUUCCGCUAAGACUCCAAAGGAAAUUGAAAAGGAGAGAAAGAAGGCUGAAAAAUUAUUGAAGUUUGCCGCUAAAAAAGCUAAACAAGCUUCUGUAGCUGCUGAUAAAGAUGGUAAUGCUGCCGCUAAGAAAGCUAAGAAACCAAAGAAGAAAGAACCUGAAGUCAUCCCAGAUUUUGUUGAUAACACUGUCCCAGGUGAAAAAAAGAUCUUGGUUUCCUUGGAUGAUCCUGCUUUGAAGGCUUACAACCCAGCCAAUGUCGAAAGUUCUUGGUACGAUUGGUGGGUGAAAAGCGGUGUUUUUGAACCGGAAUUCACAGAAGAUGGUAAAGUGAAACCUGAGGGUCUAUUUACUAUCCCAGCACCACCUCCAAAUGUUACCGGUGCUCUACAUAUUGGACAUGCGUUGACCAUUGCUAUUCAAGAUUCUUUAAUUAGAUACAAUAGAAUGAAAGGUAAGACUGUCUUAUUCUUGCCCGGUUUUGAUCAUGCCGGUAUUGCUACCCAAUCAGUUGUUGAAAAACAACUUUGGGCUAAAGAGAAGAAGACCAGACAUGACUUUGGUAGAACUGCUUUUGUCGAUAAGGUUUGGGAAUGGAAAGAAGAAUACCAUGGUAGAAUUAAGAACCAAAUUAAAAAGUUAGGUGCUUCUUACGAUUGGAAUCGUGAAGUUUUCACCUUAGAUCCAGAAAGAUAUGAAUCCGUUGUCGAAGCUUUUGUUAGAUUACAUGAUGAUGGUACUAUUUAUCGUGCCUCUAGAUUAGUCAAUUGGUCCGUCAAAUUAAAUACUGCUAUCUCUAACUUGGAAGUUGAAAACAAGGACGUCAAAGGUAGAACUUUAUUAUCCGUUCCAAACUAUGAUGAAAAGGUUGAAUUCGGUGUUCUUACCUCUUUCGCUUACCCAGUUGUCGAUUCCGAUGAAAAAUUGAUUAUUGCUACUACUAGACCAGAAACUUUAUUCGGUGAUACAGGUGUUGCUGUUCACCCAGACGAUUCUCGUUACACUCAUCUACAUGGUAAAUUUGUUCAACAUCCAUUCUUACCAAGAAAGAUUCCAAUUAUCCUUGAUGCAGAAGCUGUCGACAUGGAAUUCGGUACCGGUGCUGUCAAGAUUACUCCAGCUCAUGACCAAAACGAUUACAACACUGGUAAACGUCACAAUUUGGAAUUCAUCAACAUCUUAACUGACGAUGGUCUAUUGAACGAAAACUGUGGUCCUGAAUGGACUGGUAUGAAGAGAUUUGAUGCUAGAAAGAAGGUCAUUGAAGAAUUAAAGAACAAGGGUUUGUACAUCGGUCAAGAGGACAAUGAAAUGACUAUUCCAACAUGUUCCAGAUCAGGUGACGUCAUCGAACCAUUAUUGAAACCACAAUGGUGGGUUGCUCAACAAGAUAUGGCUGGUGAAGCCAUUAAGGCUGUUAGAGACGGUAAGAUUACUAUAACUCCAAAAUCGUCUGAAGCUGAAUAUUUCCGUUGGUUAGAAAAUAUCCAAGAUUGGUGUAUCUCUAGACAACUAUGGUGGGGUCAUCGUUGUCCAGUCUAUUUCGUUAAGAUUGAAGGUGAAGAAAACGACAGAAAUGAUGGUACUUACUGGGUUGCCGGUAGAAACAUCGAAGAAGCUCAAGUUAAAGCUGAUACUAAAUUCCCAGAUGUCAAAUUUGAAUUAGAACAAGACGAAGAUGUCUUAGAUACAUGGUUCUCUUCUGGUCUAUGGCCUUUCUCCACCUUAGGCUGGCCAAAGGAAACCAAGGACAUGAAGGACUUCUACCCAUUCUCCAUGUUAGAAACUGGUUGGGAUAUCUUGUUCUUCUGGGUUUCUAGAAUGAUCUUACUUGGUCUAAAGUUGACUGGUGAAGUUCCAUUCAAAGAAGUCUUCUGUCACUCUUUGGUUCGUGAUGCUCAAGGUAGAAAGAUGUCUAAAUCUCUUGGUAAUGUUGUUGAUCCAUUGGAUGUCAUUGGUGGUAUCAAACUAGAAGAUCUACACGCCAAGUUAUUGCAAGGUAACUUGGAUCCAAGAGAAGUUGAAAAGGCUAAACUAGGUCAAAAGGAAUCCUAUCCAAACGGUAUCCCACAAUGUGGUACUGAUGCUAUGAGAUUUGCUCUAUGUGCUUACACCACCGGUGGUCGUGAUAUAAAUUUGGAUAUUCUUCGUGUUGAAGGUUACAGAAAGUUCUGUAACAAGAUUUACCAAGCCACCAAGUUUGCUCUAAUGAGACUAGGUGAUGACUAUACUCCAUCUGCCACUGAAGGUCUAACUGGUAACGAAUCUUUAGUUGAAAAAUGGAUUCUACAUAAAUUGACUGAAACUGCCAAGAUUGUUAACGAAUCCCUAGAUAAACGUGAUUUCCUAACAUCUACCAGUGUUAUCUAUGAAUUCUGGUACUUAGUUUGUGAUGUCUACAUUGAAAAUUCUAAGUAUUUGAUUCAAGAAGGUUCCGCUACAGAACAAAAAUCUGCUAAGGACACUCUAUACAUCCUAUUGGAUAAUGCAUUAAAGAUGAUCCAUCCAUUCAUGCCUUUCAUCUCUGAAGAAAUGUGGCAACGUCUACCAAAGAGAUCCUCUGAAAAGGCAGUUACCAUUGUCAAGGCCUCUUUCCCAGUUUACACUAAGGAAUUUGAUAACGAAGCUGCCGCAGCAGCUUACGAAUUGGUUCUAAACAUUACCAAGGAAGCUCGUUCCUUGUUGGCCGAAUACGGUAUCAUCAAGAACGGGAAGGUUAUUGUUGAAUCCAACCACGACUCUUUCUUCGAAACAGCUUCUUCCCAAAAGGAUUCUAUUGUUUCUUUAAUUAAGGCUAUUGAUGAAGUUACCGUUGUACGUACUGCCACGGAGAUCCCAGAAGGUUGUGUCCUAAAGGCUGUCAACCCAGAUGUCAACGUCCACUUAUUGGUCAAGGGCCAUGUUGACAUCGAUGCGGAAAUCGCUAAGGUCCAAAAGAAAUUGGACAAGGUUUCCAAAUCUAAGGCUGGUAUGGAAAAGACUAUGAACUCUAAGGACUACGAAUCCAAGGCUAAUGCUGAAGCUCAAGCCGCUAAUAAGACCAAACUUGAGAACACUGUUGCUGAGAUCGAGGGCCUGGAGGCCACCGUUGAGAACUUGAAACGUCUAAAAUUGUAA